GUGUGCCACUUUAUCGGUGCCUCCGUGUACGAGAGCUGCAGGUACAAGUGUGAGACAUGCCGCGAGCUCGGUUGCCACAGGUGCGACAAUUGUUGCCUCAAUUUCAACUCCAGCUCCACUUCGAUUACUUGCGGUAUCUUGUAUCAGAAAUGCAAGCAGGUGAGCCAGGAGAGAGCGUAUCUGAUCAUGGGCGAUGAGUCGUGGCCUAUCGAGGGUGGGAUUCGCUACGUGGUCGAUGCGAAGACUACGCUGUUCGGCGUGUGGUCCGCGUGCUCUGUCCAGACCCCCCGCUCGCAAUGGUUUGGCCUGGAGUUUGUGGAGAUUGCGUGA